AAUGAGAGCACUCAUCACAAUUUGCUUAGUGGCUGCUGUAUUUGCCGCAGAUACAAACAAAUUUGCUGUCCUCCUCCAAACUGGUACAAGAGGAAAUGAUGCUGUUGAAUCAGUAUACAAUCUCUUGAGAGAUCUCAAGACAGAGAAUGUUAAUGUCUAAGCUGCUGCAGACAAAAAGAAUAAUACUGAUGAGGGUAAGCUUUAUUUUAUUAUAUCUUUAUAGAAAUCUUUUCAUAAGUUAUUGGUGACUUGACAAAUGUCGCUUCCCUCAAUAAAUAAUAAUGGGAAUCCCUUGGUGCAGUUAGAGGUGAUGUUGAAGCCUAAAUUAGGGUAUGAUUAUUUAAUAAUUUCUCAAAGGAUGGAUAUUAAUGGUUGUCCUGGGCUGAAGCCAGACUUGCUGAAAUUGAAAGAAGAAAUGCAUAACUCUAAGAUUAAAGAUGUUGGGCCAAUGGACUUUUCGUCAGAUCCCUUGCUGAUCAUGCUGAUGCCGUAGCAAUUGUUUAACUUUUACAAUAAGAUGUUGCUGGAUAUCUUACAAAUAAUGCUGGAGUCGAACUCGUUGAAAAAGCCUAAACAAUCGCUGACAAAUUAUCUGCCUACAGUCACCUCUUCUAAUAAGAUGCCCUCUAGAAAUUCUAAUCACUUGCUGAAGUUAAAAGAGAAGGAACAACUGGAGAAUAAGUCCUUAACAUCUUAUAAGAUUUAUAAGUAGAAUUAGAAUCAACACUUGCCACACUUUAAGAAUAAGAAAUCCACGCUGCCUUUGCUCUUGCCAAAUACGUUUCAGAUACAAAUGCUGAAGUCGCAUGGUUGAACUCAGAACAUGAAAGAAGAACAGGUCUUGUUGAAAAAUUAGAAACCGUAUUAAUUUGCCUUUAUUUUUAUAGUAACUCCCAGCUGUUUUAGCCCAAUAAGCUAAAGCCCUUAAAUUAUGGAAAGAUUCAUUAAACGCUGUUGCUGGUGCCACUGCUGAUUUGGAAGAAAAGAGAGAAUUCUAUGCUUCAGAAACUGCUAGAAGAUAAGGUAAAUAUGGCAAUUUUACAUAUUUUUAGAGGAAAAUGCUAUCAUUGAUGUCGUUAUCCAACUCUUCAAAGAUUAAGUUAGAUCAUUAGCUUCAUAAACAUCCCUUAAUAGACAUUGAU